AUGAGGCUUCAAUUCAAGGGAGUAAGGUUUGAGCAAGAUGCGAGCUUAAGCUCGGCGGAAGACAGCCAACCGAAUUCGGCGAGGGAGCAACAAGGGACAAUAGAUGUCAGAGAAGUAGCAGCUGAUCUGGAAAAGAUCAAGCGGGCACACCAGUGGGAUCCCAAUCUCCCGAAGGGCAAGCUCGAUGCCAUCGACUAUGCGGUCAAGGACGGUGAUGCGAAAGAGAUGGUGGAGGCCGAUAUACUCCUCACAGAAGACUCGCCUUAUGAAGAAGUUCGCGUCGCUGUUCGCAACUUUGACGGUGGGGAGGCUGCCAAUACAAUACGGGCUUGGGUCAUUGGCAUGUUCUUCGUCACUCUUGCGAGUGGCUCGAACAUGUUCCUCUCUAUGAGAAGUCCAGCCAUCAAUUUCCCUUCUAUUGUCGUCCUCUUGUUGUCAUAUCCGGUGGGACGUCUUUGGGCUGCUACCAUGCCGAUGAGGGUGUUCAAUACAUUUGGUAUCAAGUGGACACUUAACACGGGGCCAUUCACUGUUAAAGAGCAUGUGGUCAUCACAAUGAUGGCGCACGUUUCGAUUGGCUAUGCGUACAGCACUGAUGCCUUGCUGGCACUCCAGGGCAAGCCAUUUUACGAUGUGAACUUCGGUUGGGGAUUUGCCUUGAUAUUCACGCUCAGUUCGCAGCUUAUAGGUAUUUCAAUAGCUGGGAUGUUUCGGCGUUUCUUGAUAUGGCCAUCAGCUAUGAUGUGGCCCAAUCAAUUUUCCAAGACGACUCUCUUCAAUGCAUUACACGAUAAGAAUAAGAACGACGAUGUCGACUCGAAUGGAUGGAAGAUCAGCCAAUACCGAUACUUUUUUUACGUUGUGAUGGGGAUGUUUGUCUAUUACUGGAUACCGGGUGUGAUCUGGCAGGGACUUUCCGUAUUCGCCUUCGUUACUUGGAUCAGGCCGAAUAAUGUGGUGUUGAAUCAGCUUUUUGGCGGCUAUACUGGCCUUUCACUCAUACCGAUCACGUUCGACUGGACGUACGUUACGGCAUACCUCGAGGAUCCACUGCUAGCACCAACUCAUUCUCAUGUAAAUACGCUGCUUGGCCUGUUCCUUCUCGUGAUCAUUCCUACGAUAGGUAUAACUUAUUCUGGCGUGCUAUAUUCUGACUAUAUACCAAUGGUAACAAGCCAGACGUACGAUAAUACUCAGUCUGCCUACACAGUUCAGAAUAUCCUUGGGGAUAACUUCACCUUUGACAUAGAGAAGUACAAACACUAUUCACCCCUAUUUCUGUCACCGUCAUUAGCUUUGAACUACGGGCUUUCCUUCGCAGCCUUGACAGCCUCUCUUGUCCACGCGGGGCUAUUCCAUGGCAAGGAAAUUUGGUAUCGACUCAACUCAGCGCGUAACCAAGAGCCUGAUAUCCAUAUGAAAUUGAUGAAAAAAUACGCAGAUGCGCCUGACUGGUGGUAUCUUGCGCUGUUAUUGAUCUCAGUUGCUCUUGGUCUCGGCACUGCUCUUGGGUACGAUACCCAACUUCCUUGGUGGACUUUUCUCAUUUCUGUUCUAUUGGCUCUUAUCUUUGUGGUCCCUACAGGAAUGAUCCUAGCCAUCUCCAACAUAUUGUUGUCCCUCAACGUCGUCUCCCCAUUCAUCGCGGGUUUCAUUAUCCCCGGGAAGCCUAUCGGCGUCAUGGUCUUCAAAGUUUUCAGCGUAAUUACUCUUGGUCAAGCUCAGGUAUAUAGUGGCGACCUUAAGCUAGGACAUUAUAUGAAGGUACCACCUAAGAUUACAUUCUGGUGUCAAAUCGUUGCUACUAUCUGGGCUGUGUUCGUGCAGAUAGCGGUUAUGAAUUGGACGCUUGGGAAUAUACCUGAAGCUUGCUCGCUCACCCAAGCCUCUCAUUUUACCUGUCCUAACGGCCGGGCAUUUUUCUCAUCGUCAAUCGUAUGGGGCGUCAUCGGCCCUCAGAGAAUGUUCGGCCCAGGCUCGCUCUACGUCAACUUCAACUGGUUCUGGCUGAUUGGCGGCGCAUUGCCAGUCGUUCUCUGGGUACUGGUGCGCAAGCUGCGCAUCGAUUUCGCGCGCCAUUUCAACGCGCCAAUAUUGCUUGGGGCAAUGGCGUGGUUGCCUCCAGCGACACCGCUAUCUUUCUCUAGUUGGGCAAUUGUCGGGUUGGUAUUUAAUUACUUCAUACGAAAACGUUACCACAAUUGGUGGCGUAAAUAUAAUUACAUCACUGCUGCCGGUUUGGAUGCGGGACUCAUUAUCGCCACGAUCAUUAUCUUUUUCGCUAUCACACUGCCAAACGUGACAAUUCCGCAGUGGUGGGGAAACGUCGACAUCUACAAAACUCUUGAUGCUUCUUAUUCAGCCGUACUGAAGACAGUUCCGGAGGGAGGAACAUUUGGGCCAGCAACUUGGUAA